CAUCGUGGUAUGGUCGUUCCUGAUAGGUGCAAAGGAGCAAAGCUUCAUAUUCUUUUUUGACGAUUGACGACAACGACCUUCAACAGCCAAUUGACAGCCAGAUUGGCAGACCCCCAAACAACCCACCGUUCGAGCACGGAUCCAGACGACCGAAAAGGAAGCGAUUGAAAGAAUCCAACCAUGUCAUUUGGAGGCAGAGGAGGAGGAAGAGGCGGUUACCAUGGAGGAGGAGGAGGACGAGGAGGCGGCCACCAUCAGAGCGUGAACAACAACCAAGAAGCGGAAGAUGCCGAACAAAAAGCCGCGGAACGCAACUUGAUUCGAAAAUGUAUCGACUAUCACGUACCGGCCGUGAUUGACAUUGAGAAUCGGCUCUAUCACAAAGCUUCCAGGUCCAGUCAUGCCAGAUCCUUUCAUCCCUCUCUGCAACCGCAUAGUUCGGCGCUCCGUCUCAUGGGAAUGCCCAUCUCCACCGUGGCAGAUCCCGUCAACUCCAUGGCAUUUUGUACCUUUCUGGCGCACGUCACCAGAGCCAAAAACUCCACGCCCAUCAUGUGCCUCAGCUGGACACCCGGAGGAAGGAGAUUGCUCACGGGAAAUCAAGAAGGGGAAUUCACACUUUGGGAUGGUAUUACCUUUGGUUUUGAAUUGAUCAUGAGUGCACAUGACAGCAGCUUUCGAGCUAUGGAGUGGUCACACAACAAGAAUUUCUUACUGACUUGUGAUGCUGGAGGAAACAUCAAAUACUGGAGUCCCAGUAUUGCUCCCGUCCAGUCUGUAGAUUCCCACAAUCAACAAGCCAUUCAUGCCCUCAGUUUCUCACCGUCCGAUACCAAAUUUGUAUCGGCGGGAGACGAUGCCACGGUCCGAGUUUGGGACUGGGCAUCCCAUCGAGAAGAGAGAAAACUAGAAGGACACGGGUGGGAUGUCAAGUGCGUCCAGUGGCAUCCGAGAUCCAGUGUCAUUUGCAGUGGAUCCAAAGACAAUCUCGUCAAACUAUGGGAUCCACGAGCGGGAGCUACACUCAGCACACUCUAUGGACACAAAAACACCGUCACCAAGGUGGCAUGGAAUGACAAUGGAAAUUGGCUACUCACGGCAAGCCGAGAUCAGUUAAUCAAACUGUACGAUAUCCGAGCCAUGAAAGAGUUGGUGUCGAUGAAAGGACACCACAAGGAAGUGACUUCCAUUGCCUGGCAUCCCUUGUUUGAAAACGUAUUUGCAUCCGGUGGGAUGGAUGGAACACUCAUUUACUGGAAUGUAGGUCCCAAAGGCAGCGAGGAACCGGCGGCCAAGAUCCCCUUUGCGCAUGAUAUGGCAAUCUGGUCGUUGCAGUGGCAUCCCUACGGAGGAUUGCUGGCCACGGGAAGCAACGACCGACAAACCAAGUUUUGGGCUCGCAAUCGAUUGGGAAGCACGGCUGGUUUGCCCGAUGAAGAUGCCGCCGACUCGGAAAGUCAGGAGAUUCUGACGGAUGAAAUUGAACUGGGAAAUCAUGUUGGAAUUGUGAUUGGUCGCCGAGGUGCCACCAUUAUCUCGAUGCAGCGAGCGACAGGAACCAAGAUGCACGUCGAUCAGGUACGACGGGUGUUGCUCAUACAAGGAACACAAAAGCAAAUCAAUACGGUCAAGAAGCGUGUCCAUGCGCUGCUGGAACGUGUCUCGAGCGACGAACGACGAGAUGGGAUGAUGUAGUCUUAGCUACGGUAGUUGUGCUAUCAGUCUAAAAUAGAAAGCCUUGCUGAAUCUAUAAAUAAAUGUACGGCUAAUGAUGUUUCAAA